AUGAUCAGGAAUGGUGUGAAAAAGCGGAGGAGUGGCCACACCUAUACAUCCGAGUCGGGGACAGGCGGUUAUCAGGGAUGUUGUGACUCUGGUUUCGGACACCUCUUGGCCCUCAGUCUUAAUGAGCUGGGAUUCCGUGUCUACGCCACUGUCUUAGACACCAAAAACACGGGUUCACAAGAGUUGACUAAAAAGUGCCGCUUUUCGCAACAAAUGGUUGUCCUGAAAAUGGAUGUCACAGACGAUGAUCAGGUGAGACAGGUCUUCGUCAAAGUGUCCGAAGACCUGUCAGUUAAUGGAGUGGUGUUGUGGGCGGUGGUGAACAACGCGGGGUAUAUGAUGUCAAGUCCCGUAGAGUGGGGUACUUUGCACUCCAGCUUUGAGCACAUAUUCAAAGUCAAUGUUUUCGGUGUGGUUCGCGUGACCCGGGUAUUCCUGCCACUUAUAAAACAGGCUAAAGGUCGUGUAAUAAACACAGCGAGUGUGUUGGCUCUGUUUGCGAUCCCAACGUUUAGCGCCUACUGUAUGACAAAGGCAUCGGUUCUGAGAUUCUCGGAUUCAUUGCGCAAAGAAAUGGCUAACUUUGGUGUCAAAGUGUCGACUAUAAUGCCCGGUGGGUUCGCCAGCACCGGACUCUUCACAGGUAUCCUAUCGCUGAUGGACAGGACGUGGGCCGAGACGGAGGAGUCGGUUAAGAGGAGUUACGGACAGAAGUAUUUCGACGGCUGGAAGAGAGGUCAGCAAAAGUCGUUGGACUCGAGCAGUGGAUUGAGUGGUAAUAACUCCUAUAUUGUGGUCAACGAUAUCAUUGAUGCGAUUAUUAGUGAUGAGCCGCAAAAUAAUUAUAUGCCAAUAGAGGGCUUUAUGUUUAGGUAUAUCACCUUUGUAAAUGCUUAUUUGCCUGAUUCUGUGGCUAAUAUAUUGCAAGGCUUAUUAAGUAGACGUAAAUAG